GCCAAGCUCAUUGUCCACCUUGCGAGCCCCUAAUCCCCUAAUCUAGCCUGCAAGCAGUAGCCGUCGUCGUCGUCGUCCCGCCAGGGCUCUUGCGGUCCACCCCCGUUCUGCACCGGUUUGCCCCGCUAUUUGCCUACCCCAGCAACAAUCUCGUAAUUGUCCAGAAAGGCCAGGCCUCUUUGUUGGCGUCGCCGCCUCGACCUCGACACCGACUUCACCUUCCCUCAUCACCUAUUCUCUCCUCAAGACUCUGGCUCGAUCAUCAUUCACAAUGGCCGCCGAAAACCCCCCGAUGAAGCUUGACCCCAAGUACGAUCACUAUGACUACCCCACGACUGCUCCCGAGGCCAAGGCUGGCCACCCCGGCCACACCACUGAGCUCCAGCAGGCCCAGGUCGAGCAGCUCCGUCUGAUGCUCGAGGCUGAGGGCUACACCAAGCGCCUCGACACCCUCACUCUCCUGCGCUUCCUCAGAGCCCGCAAGUUCGAUGUUGAGGCUGCCAAGAAGAUGUUCACCGACUGCGAGAAGUGGAGGAGCCAUAUGACCACCAAGACUGGCACCGAGACCAUCAACGUCGACGACAACAACCCCAAUGCCGAGCCCAUAAACCUCGACAAGAUGAUCGGCGAGUGGGACAAGGACGGCAGCUUCAAGGCCCAGGUGUCGAAGCGGUACAAGCAGUUCUACCACAAGACGGACAAGGACGGCCGGCCUGUCUACAUUGAGCAGCUUGGUGGCAUCGAUCUCGCUGCGCUCAAGGCCGAGGGCAUCACCGAGCACAAGAUGCUGCUGAACCUCGCCGUCGAGUACGAGAAGAUGGCCGACCCCAGACUGCCCGCCUGCUCGCGCAAGGCUGGCCAGCUCCUCGAGACCUGCUGCACGGUCAUGGACUUUACGGGUGUCGGUCUCAGCAACGCCCGCUCCGUCUUUGGCUACAUCCAGCAGGCCUCUGAGAUGUCCAACAACAACUACCCCGAGCGCCUCGGCCACAUGUACCUGAUCAACACUCCCUGGGGCUUCUCCGCCGUGUACAAGGUCGUCAGGAACUUCCUGGACCCUGUCACCGCCUCCAAGAUCCACGUCCCCGGCAGCGCUUCCGAGGCCAAGAAGGUUCUCCUCGCCCAGAUCCCUGCCGAGAACCUGCCCGCUGAGUUUGGCGGCACCUGCAAGUGCGACGGCGAGGGUGGCUGCGUCAUGAGCGACGCCGGCCCCUGGAGAGAUCCCCAGUGGUCCAAGCCCGCCUGGUGGCAGCAGCCCCAGGAGGACACCGCCAUUGUCAACAAGCCCACCGAGACGACCGAGGCGACCCCUGCUGCUGCCCCCGGUCCCGUCAUCACAGAAGACGUUGCGCACGUUCCCGUUACCAGCCCUCCUGCCGCCGCCCCUGCGCCCCAGUAGAUUGUUGAUUAGGAAGCGUGGCGUUGAGGUGUCGUGGGUGAAGCGCAUGCUGGUCCUGUGGUCUGAUAGAUCUGGAGCUGGCUUGGACCGUAGAUGGAUAUAUAGGUUGCGGAGACUUCUUGUUGCCUAGAUCGUAGGAAGACCCUGAAAACGGCUUACAGGCCCUUCUAGUUACCUUCUCGCAUCCCUGUUAGACAGAAGCAAAAUACGUGUAUCACUUG